AUGUUAAAGACGCUGGCGUAUAACGUCAGACGUCUAGCCACUCUGGCUCGAGAUCCAUCCUUUGCCAAGGUCGAAACAUCGGAUCUUCGAGUAUUUGAAUCGAUUUGUGGUUCAAGUAAUGUGAAAACUUCGGACAUCGACAAUUAUAAAACAGAUUGGACAAAAGCAUUCAGAGGUGACCCACCAUGCGUCUUGCUACCGUCAUCCACCGAAGAGGUCUCCGCUGUAUUGGCGCAUUGUGCUCAAAGACGAAUCGCUGUUGUUCCACAGGCUGGUAACACUGGCCUUGUGGGCGGCUCCAUACCACUCCAUGACGAGAUCGUUUUAUCAGUAAAACGGAUUAAUAAGCAUUUUGAAUUCGAUGAAACAUCAGGGAUCUUAAGUUGCGAUGCUGGAAUGAUCCUCGAAUUGGUCGACAACCGACUUGCUCCUCAUGGCUAUAUGAUGCCAUACGACCUUGGUGCGAAAGGAUCCUGUAUGAUUGGUGGCAAUGUGGCGACGAGUGCAGGCGGUAUACGUCUACUCCGAUACGGUAGUCUCCAUGCGCACCUUUUGGGACUAACCGCGGUGCUUCCCACAGAAGAAGGCACGAUUGUGGAGCUGGGCUCAGCUCAUCGCAAAGACAACACUUCGCUACAUACGCCUCAUCUGUUUCUUGGCAGUGAAGGACAACUGGGUGUUAUAACCCGGGUCACGAUGAGUGCAGUUCCAAAACCAGCUUCGGUUCAGAGCGCUAUGUUAGGAGUCGAUACAUUCGAGUCUUGCUGCAAAGUGCUUCGUAUGGCUAAACGUCAUCUGUCAGAAAUUCUUUCGUCGUUCGAAUUUCUCGAUCGUGAAGCAAGCGAGGUUCUUGAUGAAGCACUAGGGUUAAAGCCCGUGUUGCAAUCAAAUCCACGCUUCACUAUACUUGUAGAGACCUCAGGCUCGAAUGCAGCACACGAUUCAGAGAAAAUGGAAAAAUUUCUCGAUGAUUGUAUCAGUAGCGGAUCAGCCUCUGAUGGGGUCCAGGCUCAGUCGAUCGAGGAGGCUUCUGCAAUGUGGCGUCUACGUGAAAGUGCUCCGUUAGCGGUGGCCGCUGAUGGUUUUGUCUACAAGAAUGAUGUAUCCCUUCCACUAAAACAUUUCUACCGUUUGACUGAGGUGAAUCUGAACAGAACUCGAUGUUCUUCCCUCGCAAAGCGCAUAGUGACGUAUGGUCAUCUUGGAGACGGGAACAGUCAUCUCAAUAUCACCGCGAAAGGACCUAGUCAAGAAUUGUAUGAAAGACUCUAUCCAUUUCUAUACGAAUGGGUGAAUUCUCAUGGCGGUUCAAUCUCAGCCGAACAUGGUAUUGGACAACUAAAACUACCAUACGCAUCACUCGGCAAAUCGCCUAUGGAAAGAGAUCUAGUGCGUCGAGUAAAAACGGUUUUUGAUCCAAAACGCAUUUUGAAUCCUUAUAAAAGUUUUUGA